UUCAAGCACUCUUCCUCUUGUUGUUAUUAUUAUUAUUAUUAUGGCAUUCAAUAUUAUAUCUUUUUCUUUCAUUUUUGCUCUUUUCCUUCUACUCCCUUUUUCAUGUAAUUCAUCACACAAACAUCACAAAAACUACCACCGACAACAUAAUUCAUCAUCAUUUGAUCAAAAAAACUCAGAUCACACAAAUGGUAAAUGGAUUCUUCUUCAUAAAUCCAUUGGUAUCUCAGCCAUGCACAUGCAACUUCUCCAUAAUAAUAAAGUUGUCAUCUUCGAUCGCACCGAUUUCGGUUCUUCUAACCUCUCCCUCCCUCACAACAAAUGCAGGUAUAAUGACGAAGCAAUCAAAGUAGAUUGCACAGCUCAUUCUAUCCUUUACAAUGUAGCCACCAACACGUACCGUCCGCUCACCGUUCAAACGGACGUUUGGUGUUCCUCGGGUGCCGUUAACUCUAACGGCACCCUUAUACAAACGGGUGGAUACCACGCCGGUGAACGUAAAAUACGGUUAUUUUCACCGUGUUUUGAUGAAGAAACUUGUGAUUGGACGGAACUUCAACAGAAUCUCACCGUUAAACGGUGGUAUUCAACUGAUCAUAUACUUCCCGACGGACGUAUUAUGAUCAUAGGCGGAAGAAACGCUUACAGUUACGAGUUUUUUCCUUCUGAAAACGACGUCGUUUUUCACCUUCCGUUUCUGAAGGAAACGACUGAUCCUAAAGAAGAAAACAACUUAUAUCCGUUUUUAUAUCUUUUACCCGAUGGAAAUGUGUAUAUUUUCGCGAAUCAACGAUCGAUUAUGUUAGAUUACGCGAAAAAUAAAGUCGUUAGAGAGUUUCCGGUGAUUCCCGGUGAAAAAAGGAGUUAUCCGGCGACUGGAUCAUCGGUGAUGUUACCGAUGAAAUUAGUCGCCGGAGAUUUUUCACCGGCGGUGGAGGUGAUGGUUUGUGGUGGUGCUAAUGGUGGCGCGUUUCUACACGCGGCGGUGGGUGGGUUUAUGCCCGCUUCGAGGACAUGUGGGCGGAUUAAAAUUACGGAUCCGGAUCCUAAAUGGGUCAUGGAGGAUAUGCCUUCGGGUCGGGUUAUGCUGGAUAUGUUAUUAUUGCCUACGGGCGAUGUGAUUUUAUUGAAUGGAGCAUCAAAAGGAACGGCCGGGUGGGAAAGCGCGAUUGACCCGGUACUGAACCCGUUUUUAUACGAACCGGGUCGACCCGACCCGAAUGAAAGAUUUAGUGUACUCAACCCCACUAGUAUACCAAGAAUGUACCACUCAUCAGCGACGUUGUUGCCAGAUGGCAGGAUAUUAGUGGGUGGGAGUAAUCCGCAUAUAAGGUACAACUUCACAGGCGUAAAGUACCCCACAGAGUUAAGCUUAGAAGCAUUUACGCCACCUUACUUGAGCCCACACCACUCUAAUCUCCGUCCAUCAAACACAACCGUUGAAGGACCCGUAUCGUACGGUCAGAAAUUCUCCAUCACAUUCACACUCGGGGUUCCUCAAGAUACAAAAGAGGUCAUGGUAACAAUGGUUGCACCUUCAUUUACUACACACUCGUUCGCGAUGAACCAACGAUUGUUAAUUUUGGACAUUGUGAAAAUUCAACAAGUAUCGUCGUUUGAUCAAAAGAUCACGGUGUACGCCCCUCCAUCGCGUAAUAUUGCACCACCUGGUUAUUAUAUGGUGUUUGUGGUUCACCAGGGCGUUCCUGGACACUCAAUUUGGGUAAAAAUGGAGUAAUUUUUUAUAGUACAUUUUUUUUUUUGGUGUUGGAAUUGGUAGUUUAGAAUUUAAUAUGUGCAUUAUUAUUUCACUAUUGGUAGUUGGAAUAGAAAUUGAAGUAUCAUUUGAGAAAAGGUCA